GCGAAAAUGGAUGAUCGCACAAUUGAUUCGAUAUUUGCGGGCUCCUUGGAGUCUUUGCCGCCAGUCAGCUCGAAAAUUGUACGCAUUUUCACUAGUUCAACAUUCACAGAUACGACAAUGGAACGCAACACGCUGAUGGCUAAAUGUUAUCCACGCAUCAAGGACUAUUGUCGAGAGAAACAUGGUCUUGAAUUUCAGGUUGUCGACAUGCGUUGGGGUGUUCGCGAUGAGGCCACCGAUGAUCACAUGACUACGGAAUUGUGUAUGCGUGAAAUUCAAAAUUGUCAACGUCUUUCGAUGGGUCCAAACUUCAUUGUAUUUUUGGGUCAAAAAUAUGGUUAUCGACCGAUACCAACAUACAUUGUCUCAUCGGAAUUGCAGUUAAUUUGUGAGGAGCUCACAUCUAUGGGUGUGGAUCGGGCUUUGCUCGAUUUAUGGUACAAAAAAGACAGUAAUGCUGUGCCGCCAAUGUCAGUGUUGCAACCGAUUUCUUCCAUUCUGAUCAAUUUCAAUAAUAAGCGCGUUCCCAAAUUGCAAGCCGAAGAUCAAGCCGUCUGGUGGGAUACGCUCAAUAAAAUGCAGAAGCUAUUGCGAAAAGCGGCAGCUUCCUUGGGUGCUAGUGGAAAAAUGGACAAGGAGUGCGUGCACAAUUAUUUUAUGUCAGUGACCGAACGCGAGGUCAUUAACGGCAUACUGGAUGUGAAGAACACGAAAAACCAUUGUCUAGCCUAUGUACGUUACAUCAACAAUAUCAAUUUGCAAAAUCUCAAGAAGGCCUCGCUCUUUGUGGAUAUAAUAAAUCGCAGUUUGGAUACCGAAUCGGCUAAAUUGUUGGGUGAUUUGCGCGAUGUACGUUUACCAAACAAAAUUGAAUCGAGUAAUAUGCAGAAGUACACAGUCGAAUGGAUUGGCCGCGAGGGUCUGGACAUCGAAACGCACGAGGAGUAUCUCAAUCACUUUAUAUCGCAUUUCUAUAAGAAUAUCGUCAAGUUGGUGGAUCGCGCCAUGCGCAAAGAAGACUCCAGUGCACAGGGGCAGAUAGUGACUGAAAUCCUACAGCAUUUGCACGCUUGUAAUAAUUCGGUUAAAGUAUUUUAUGGACGUGAAGAUAAUUUAGAACAUAUCAAGCGCUAUAUGCUGGGGGAUUCAGAUAAACCACUUGUCCUUUAUGGCGAAGGAGGUUGCGGCAAGACAUCGAUGCUGGCCAAAAGUGCCUCGCUGGUGGCGAGCGAAUGGUUUGCGAGCAAACGACCAAUUAAUGUGAUACGCUUUCUGGGCACAACACCCGAUUCUAGUGCGUUAACGCCGACAUUGAUUUCAAUUUGUCAACAGAUCUCCUACAACUAUAUGCUUCCUUUCGAGAAUAUACCCGACGAUCUUGUACCUUUAACAGCGCAUUUUAAGCAAUUACUAACUUAUGCAAGCGCGAACCAACCGCUGACUUUGUAUCUCGAUUCGGUCGAUCAGCUGACAGGCACACAAGACUCGAACAAAGUGUCCUGGAUACCGACGCGUUUGCCACCGCACUGUAAGAUCAUCAUUUCGUGCGCCAACGAGGAAUCCAAUCCAACCGUCUCACAAGAGUAUCAUGUGCUCCGCAAAAUGAUCGAUAUCGAGGAGAAUUUCAUUGAGGUUACCGCGCUGGGCGAAGAUCUCGCCAUGAAUGUCAUUAAAAUGUGGAUGAAGACUGCGUGUCGCGAUCUAAAUAACUAUCAAUGGCGCCUGGUUGCGAAUGCCAUCAGCAAAUGUUCGCUUCCGAUAUUCGUCAAGCUGGUCUUUGCAGAGAUUUGUCGCUGGCGUAGCUAUACCAAACCGCAGGAGACACAUCUUGCCAACACCGUAAUGGAUUCGAUUAUGAUGCUCUUCGAGCGCAUAGAAAAACAACACGGUCGGAUUUUGGUCUUUCAUGCGCUCGCCUACAUUACUGCCGCCAAGUCGGGUUUAUCCGAGAGCGAACUGGAGGAUUUGAUUUCGUUGGAUGACAAAGUAUUGGACGAUGUGUAUCAGUAUCAUAUGCCGCCAGUGCGUCGCAUACCGCCGCUUUUGUGGACUCGCAUACGCAAUGAUUUGCCGAAUUAUCUGAGUGAACGUGAGGCGGAUGGUGUGAAUGUGAUGAAUUGGUAUCAUAGACAAUUCAGGGAUACCGCCAAGGAACGCUACUUCAAGAAUAUGAAUAUGGCGAUGUAUUUCCAUUCGAUGAUUGCCGAUUAUUAUUUGGGUAUUUGGGGUGGUGGUGUGCCGAAACCAUUCAGGUAUACAGAGAUACAACGACAUCGUUUCGGUCUGACGGAGAAGGAGGGUUCAGCGGACAGGAAGGUGCCGAUACAACCGCUAGUCUUCACUAGCAAGGAUGGCAGCUCAAAGCGGUACAAUUUGAGGAAGUUUGGCGAGCUACCCUUCCAUUUCGUGCGCUCACGCCGCUUCAAGGAUCUCUUCGAACAUGUGCUCUUCAACUACGACUGGCUACAUGCCAAACUCUCCAGCUGUCCACUGCAAGCUGUGCUGGCCGACUUCGAAGACGCCUCCUCGAAUACGGACAAUAAAGAAGCGAGACGUGAGUUGAUGUUAGUCGCCGACGCUCUCCGCCUCGGUGGCGCCAUACUUGCCGUAUAUCCGAAUAUGUUAGCACCGCAACUGAUUGGACGCUUACUGCCGGAAAUUGGUGGAAAUAGUAAUAUAAAAAUGCUCUUACGCGCUUGUGAUCGUUCGGGGCCCAAAGAUUGUUCGCUGAUACCGGUGAAUCAUUGUUUGCACACACCUGGAGGACCGUUAAAAUACUCGCUCGAAGGUCAUCAGUUUGCUGUAUUCGCUUUCUGUCUCACUAGCGAUCUCCGUUACAUGGUUUCCAUUUCCACGCACUUUAUUACAUUUGAUCUCUCCACAUCGGAUCUCACUCGCGACGUUAAUCCCGGCAUUGAAGGUAUUAUGCAACAACUGGUGCUGAGUCCAGAUAAUAAAUGGGCGGCCGCAUACUCAAACAACAAUCAGACGGUGCUGCUGAAUAUGCUCUCUAGUGAGUUUGUUGUGAUCGAUAGUCCAUUUGAGGAGGACGAUGGACCAGUUAGUGGGCUCUAUUUGCUUAAUCAGAGCCUCUUCUUGACCUGCAAGCUGCGUUGGGCUCAAUUCGAUAUGCGUGGCAAUUUGGUGGGUGUGCACGAUAUUCCUGGCGAAGUUAUGAAUUGGGAGAUAUUAAACAUGGAGUUUCUGCGUCCAAGGGACUACAAUGUAAUUUUUUGGUCUGGUUCAAUUAAUGAGACUCGUUUACGUUUGGAUUCCUGCCGCAAUGAGCUGUACUCGGAACCCUUGAUGUUGUAUAGCGCACUGGCGAUUAAUAAGACGCGCACAAAGCUGUAUGCCUGUGCGAGUGAGGAGAACUAUCAGGUAAGCGUCUUUCGAUUCGAGGAAAGCGAAGACUCCAUCAAUUGGUUGCUCGAAGAGCAGCUACCACGUUUCGAGAAUGACGAAAAGGAGAUGUUGCUGCAGCUACGAUUGGACCAAGAGGAUCGUAUGCUACUCGGCACCGCAGGCAAAGGCUUCGUCAUUUGGGAUUUCGGUAAGGAUGGCGAACGGCUGAGUGAGGAUGCUAUAUAUUUUGCACUACCGCAUGGCGUACGCAACAUAACGACGCGCAUCAUGCAAUCCAAUUCGAUUAUGGUCAGCUCUAAAAUGGAUUAUGCUGUAGCAGGUGUGCGUAAGAAUCUCUACGUUUGGUGUCUUCACACACGCCAACUAGCAAAAGUACUCGAUGCGCAUUUCGGACGCAUCAUUCAGCUGGAAGCGCUUACCAUUGGCAAUUGGAAUAAUGUUGUCACAUCGUCCAUCGAUCGUUCGGUAAAAGUAUGGAAUAUUAAUAAUAUUUUCGAAAAGGUACAUGUGAUUGAUCGUCAUGAGCUGCAGAUUGAUAAUAUUAGUCUCUCCGAGGUGGACUUGGGGGUUACGGUGACACGUAGCUGUGUGGGCGUUUGGGACACACGCUCGGGUCGUUUGCUUGCCAAGCUUGCCGACAGCCCCUUGGGCGCUAUUGUUACACAUGCGGAAAUUACGCCCGACGGUCGUUAUAUAAUCUCUUCAGAAACUGGUAAAUUUUUGAUUUGGAAUCGCAUCUCCGAACAAGUGAUCUAUCGUGACGAUCAACCGGGCAUACAACAAAUAACGCUUAUGGAUUAUGGUUACAAGGUGUUGACGGUAUCAUGUCCGAAUAUCAAUAAUAAAGCAGCGGCAGCGGCGGCCGAAGCAGCUGCUGCGGCGGGCGAGGAAACAAAUCGGCUGACGGCUAUUACUACAGUGCGCUCAGUGCCGGAGGGAAACAUACUCUUUCGUUUUGAGUAUCCCGUACGUAUGGUACCCGGUUUACCUUUUAGACAGUCUGUCAUUUCGGCUGACUUGGCGUAUGUCAUUGUGUGUACAGUGGAUAAGGUGAACAAGGAUUGCUUGGCAGUGUACAGCGCCACUAAUGGUGCAUUUGUUUCGAAAAUUCUACUCAAAGGUUGUGCAAUUAAGGAGGUGAUUUCUUUGGUGCCAAUGCCGCACAAGGCCAAUCAAGUAGCUGUGAUUAGCAGUGAGAAGGGUAGUGUAAUGGAUAUCAAAAGCAAGAAACAUGUGCGUUCUAUACCGAAAUGGGGUGGAUCGAUAACAAGAGAUGGAAAAUGUGGUCUAUAUGCGCCAACGAGAGGUGGCUUGGAAAUGCUGGAGCUACGAAAGGGCACCACUGUCAAGACAUUCAUCCCAAAAGUGGCCGAGGGUGUAUUCUCUGUGAUUUGUCUAUUCACCGAGAACGAUGAAUAUGUUUGUUACUAUCACAGUGGACGCAAGACGAUACGCGUAUUCCGCUCCUCGGACACUGAAAUGAUUGCCAACUAUCGCUUACAGGCCGAAUUGACAGCGAUUAAGAGCAGCAAGGAUGGUCGUUGCAUUGUUUUGGGCACCGUCGACGGCUGCAUGUCCGUACUGGCCAUUGUCGAUCCGCAGAAAGAGGAGAUGUUCGAAUAUUUGAAUCAGUUGCCAUCGCGCGAUGAGAAUUGGAAAGCCAAGUUGGCCAAGCAGAAAGCACGUGUCGGUUUCAAAGCAGCCAUACGUGUGGCCACGAUUUCUUCACGCUUCGAUAGAAGUAAUAAAACUGCAAUGGACAAUGAGGAGGCUGCUGGAGUGGAUGAAGAAGGAAAUGCGGUGGAGAGCGGCGCGGGAGAGUAGAUACAUAUGCAGAGUACAAUUGUUGAAACUUCAAUUGGAGCAAAAUCCAUUUUAUUGUAGUAUUAUUAAAGUAGUUUAGUUGUAGCUGCUUUAAGCGCUUUUUGGAGCUAUGAAUAUGAAAUGAACGUACAAAGUGGUUUUGUUAAAGGUAACGUUAUAGUUAAAAAGCAAUUUACAAUAUUGAAUAGCGGAAAUAAAAAUGCUUGCUAUUAAAUAGAAAACAAAAGAAAGUGAAAUAUUGGAUGCGAGUCU